GGGGCAUGUUGGGAUCACAUCCGGCCCGCGCGUAGGGCGAAGGCGGCCGCGGCUCGUUCCUUGCCGACAGUGUUUCCCCCGCAGGCGCAGUCUCCUCACCCCGACCGGCACCAUGGCGAUGCAAGCGGCCAAGAGAGCUAACAUCCGUCUGCCUCCAGAAGUCAAUCGGAUCCUGUAUAUUAGGAACCUGCCGUAUAAAAUCACCGCGGAGGAAAUGUAUGAUAUCUUUGGGAAAUACGGGCCCAUUCGGCAAAUCAGGGUUGGAAACACUCCUGAAACUAGAGGAACAGCCUACGUGGUCUAUGAAGACAUCUUUGACGCCAAAAAUGCCUGUGACCACCUGUCGGGGUUCAACGUGUGCAACAGAUACCUCGUCGUGUUGUACUACAACGCAAACAGGGCAUUCCAAAAGAUGGACACAAAGAAGAAAGAGGAACAGCUUAAGCUUCUCAAGGAAAAAUAUGGAAUUAAUACAGACCCACCAAAAUAAACUGAUCUUUUUGGAAAACUGCUUUCCAGCCCGGACGUUGAGCUCUUAACUAACUAGCAAUUCUCAAUGAAGUCUUGACUUCUGUUUUUUUUUAAUUCAGUAAGCUGUAAUUUGCAUCUCUAGAUCUUCACGAUAGAAUUAAAGAAAUGUAAAACAUCAGAAGAUCUGUUGUGAGGUUCAGUCCCCCUCACUGGCUGUGGCUCUCCGUGCUGCCCUGGUCCCUGCAGCGUGACCCUGGAGUGAUUCACCCACCUGUGCUUCCAAGAGCCUCAGCAUCACUUGUGUUCUGAAAGUGGAGUGCUUCCACUGAUCUCCCUGCCACAGGGGGCAUGAUGCUGUUCUGUAAGAAAGAAGUGUGGUUUGAUCCUCCACCACGCUUCCAUAUUGCACAGAAAUUACAGCCCUUCUCUGUCCAGGACUGUUUGAGGAGCCUGACUCCAUUAAGUGCUUGUUGGGUUGCAGCUUACUAGAAACAGAGAGAGCACAGACCUGUGUUUGUAACAAAGUUUCCUUUAUAAACUGCAGGAAAUUCAAAGGAUACUUUAGAAUUCUUAAUUCUUUUUAAAGAGUGCAGCCGCUUGGGUGACGUCAGCUGAAACACCUUGAUCUCGGUGACCGAGACACAACUGAUAAGCUGCAGUAGGAGGCUCUUGCUGUGGCAGCGCCUUGCUGAGGGGCUCACCCAGUGGUACACAAGAUCUCUGCUACUUGUAGCAGGUUUGUACUGAAGUUAGGGGGAGCAACAAGAAUACACCUCGCUUUGCGGUGUAGAGAACCUGACCAAAAGGAGAUGGUAGAGGGGUUGCUUUUAAUUUUUGAUACCUGCAGUGCUGUAGUGUUUUUCAGCACUUGUGCCCCAUGAAUAAAAAUGAGUGUGAUGCAGAGCACACAUGACCAGUAGAUUUUUGGAAGUGGAAAAGAAUACUCUCUGCCUGCAUCCUGAAGCGGUUGGGAGCCAUGUGAGCAUUGGUGGUGUCCUGGUCAUUGUCUCGGAUGGGCUGUUUGACUCCCUCGCCAGGCAAUUUCCAGCCAGUGCAGAACGUGGGCAGAUGUAAAUGUGCUUUGCCUGAGGAUUUGUAUUAUACUGUCAAAAUAUACUGUCAGUGCAUUAUACUGUCAUAAAGGAAGGUUUCUGUUUUCUUA